AUGCCUCCGAAGAAGGGAAAGAAGAAGGGAGGGAAGAAGAAAGAGAGCGCUGAGGUACUCCGUCUGAAGCAGCUGUAUGUUGUGGAAAAUGAGACGGAGGAGCUUCAAAAACGUGAAAAUGACCGCCGUGACCGCGAGGAGCAGGAAGAACGCCUCAUUUUGUGGAAGGAGGAACAGGCCCGUAUCGUCCGUGAGAAGGAUGCCAGGGUGAAAGAGCUUAUGGCCAAGGUGGAACAGCUAACCACCUCCCUGCAUGACGAGCGUGCCGCGUCGGAGAGUCAGGUGGAACAACUUGUCUUAAUGCGAGACUCGCUGCUUAACGAGGUGAGCCUACUGCGUGUGGAGCUGGACGAGAAGCAGCGGCUUCUGCUACAUGAGAAACAAAGCGCGGAGCUGAAACUGUGCAGCGUGCGCGAGGAGGCCAAUAAAAAUAUCACUGCUCUCUCUGACGAGAUUGAGGAACUGCGGACGGACUUUGGUCUCUUCAAGGCCGAGCAUGCGGAGUAUGCUGCGAAGAUGGAGGAAACGUUGGACAACAAGGAGGCAGAGGUGCGGGCGCAGGUGUCAAAAAUUGGCAAUCUGCAACGAGAACUGGAGAAGGCGCUCGCAAUGAAUCGCUCUAUGCAAGAGGUCGUGGAGGCGCGUGAGGCAGAUGAUCGAAAGAAUGUGACACUCAUGCAGUUGCUCAACGGCCAACUCGAUGAAAAUAAGCGUCGUUACGAAGAGCAGAUUGAGGAAGAACGCCGGCGCGUCAGCCGAGCGAAUGAGGAGCUGCUGCAACUAGAAACGAGGUGUGCGAAGCUACAGGACGAGGUUGAUGCCCUGAAGAAUGAGAAUGCCGAAGUUAAACUCAAAUCCGAUGUCAUGCUGCGCGAGUACCAGCAGCACCUAGAGCAGGUUCAGAGCGACUCCACGUAUUUAAGCGCAGAGCUACGGGCCUUGCAGGAGCGAGCGGAACAGGAAGCGGAGUCCACGCAAACAGCCAGGAUGAAUCUCGAAGGGGAGCUGCAGAAUACCCUUGUUGAACUGGAGGCCAACCAAAAGUGCAUGGAGGAGCUGGAGCUUUUGCUGCGCCGCAAGGAACGAGAAACGUUUGACAAGAUCACCUUUCUCAAUGCCCAAGUCUCAAAUAACCGGACCAUCAUUUCUCAGUUACAGCAGAAACUACUACAUGAACAGAAGCUGCAUGAGACGGAGCUGUCGCGAACCUUUGACGAGACGAAGGAGAAAGAGAAGGAGCUGGAUGACGUGCGCAACACCUUCUCAGAGAAGCAGGAUGCCGCCAAGGAACGGGAGGCGCAGCUCAUGUCAGAGGUCGCGGUGCUGAAGGCGACGACGUUUCACCUUCAGACGGCACUGCAGGACGCGCAGCGGAAUCUGGAGGUGGUGACCGCGGCAAAGGACGAGGAGAUUAACCGUCUCUGCAACCUGCUGGACGCGCAUUUUAUUCCGCACCGUAAGACCAUUGAGGGUGAGGUGACGACGUAUGAGGGCACCAUCGCGAUUCUCAGCGAGAAGGUCGGCGAGCUGACGCGGGAGAUGGAGAUACAAGAGCAGUUAGCCCUUGAGAAUGAAACCCACCUCAGGGCCCGUAUCACAAAUCAGGAGGAAGUGAUCGAGACACUUCAGGAGGACCUGCGUCGUUCUGAGGCGCGGCGCCGUGAGGAGGUGCGGUCUGUCGAAGAGGAGGUCUCACGCCUGAAGAAGACGCUGGAGAUACACUUUAUCCCAUACGAGAUGUAA